AACAGCGCAAGAUAUUGCGAAAUACUCAGAACAACGUAAAUGCUUUUUCGCUUAUCUAAACAAAUUUAUGUAUUUGCAAUUCCUUUUGUUCUUCCAUUCAUUCGUCCGAUAUGUCAUCGUUUCCAUUACUUAUUAUUGCAUAUUUCUGUUUUGAGUUGAACAUUUCCUUCUAACUUGAAAUUAAAAUUCAGAUGUUUGAUAAAGUAAUUAUAAAAUACAAAUUGAUCUAAAGAAAACAAUUACAAAAUUCCAUUUGAAGAUUUCAAUAAAUAGUUAUGUCGAUGCCUUAUUGUCUCAUUUGUCACAAUAUCUUUAUCCAAACUGAAGCCAUAACAUCAAAGCCUUGUGGACACGUUUAUCACAACGAAUGUCUACAACAAUGGUUUAAUUCGUCAUCACCAACGUGUCCUCAAUGCUGUCAAAUUUGUGAUCAAGAUCAAAUGAAAAGAAUCUACAUCGAUUUUGCUUCUGAUGAAGAUCUUGCAUGCAUCCAAACACCAGGAAAUGUGCAGAAUACAGCAACUGAUGCGGAUACGGAAGAAACGAUCAAACUUCUUCUGGACCAUAUUGAUACUUUGCCAGAGACGGAGACUGAACGUGAUAAUGAUUGUGAAUUUUGCAAGUCAAUUCUUGAAGCAUUUGACGAUUUGCAAACUGAAAAAGAAAAAUUUGCACAAGCUUUGAAUGAAAAAUCAAAAGAGUGUGCAAAUUUAAUUGAUCAAAAUAAUCAUGCGUUGAAAUGCAUUGAAGAGCUACAAAUGAAAAUUAAAGCAAGUGAACAUGAUAUUUACGAGUUAAAUGAACGAUUAGAUGCUUUGGAACAUGCUACGGCGGCGAUUCAAUCGGAGAAUUUGCUUAAAGAUGACAUUAUCCGUGAAUACGAUAUUGAACGGAAAAUUACAAAUCAACGAGUGCAAGAGCUCACUGUACAACUGAAAAAAAUAACAAACGAACACACCGGGAUGUUUCGAGUUCUACAGACUAUUUGCAAAGGGAUAUGGCCAUUGAAACUAUUAAGUAUGUACGGUUGUUCAAAGCCAUUUAAGAGAUUGCAUGCAAAUGAGCUGAUGAACUGUAAGGCCGUGGUUCCAUUCUGCGGUAAUAUUGAUAAUUGGGAAUAUAUCAUGAUUCCAGUGAUAAAAAAUGUAAAACUAAAAAGAAAGAAUUAAUUUUACAUUUGUUCUAAACAGAAUAUAAUUAUAAGAAUAUUUUCUAUUUUUAUGCAACACAUUUUAUGUUCUGGGUAUUAGAGGUUCAAUCAAAUUAGUUUCUUUAUAAAUAUAUAUGAGUUUGUAUCAAUUAAGCAUUAAUAAAACUAAACGUUUAUUUAACUAA